AGGAUAUCAAAUCCCUAGUGCAUCUGUGAGAAAGCUUUCAUGGGGAACCCCGGUGCAUUUCAUCGUUCUAUUACCCUGCAAUCCUUAACUGUCUUCUCCCUCGUUGCAGUUCUUGCAGCAGAUCAUGUCCAAGGACUAGACGAUGGGUGCACACCUUUCUCCUGUGGGCAUCUGCAAGACAUACGACCUCCUUUUCGUCGGCGAGGUGAUCCUGGUGAGUGUGGUGUUGAAGCAUACGAGCUGGGUUGCACCAGUAGCAAGGCUACAAUUCACAUCAACACAGGAACAUACUAUGUGACUGCCAUCAACUACACCGGUUCCUACUUCUGGGUCGUGGAUCCCAACUUCAAUACCAGUAGCAACUGCCCUCUUCCACAGAGGAAUCACCUGGCCUAUGGAUACUUUGGCGAAAUUGAUUCAGUUUCACCACCUGGCCUUCGUUAUUUGGUCACUCAAAGCUACUACAGAGCAUGUUUUGCUAAUUGUUCACGAGCAGUAGCGAAGAAUAGUGCAUACAAGCCCGUUGCUUGCCUGAGUGCCAAAAAUUCACAUGUUUAUGUCUGGGUGUCUUAUUACGGGUGUAUGGUUGAAGAUCUUGAGCCUUAUUGUGGAUGCCUGGCCAAUAUUCCAUUUGGUAACGAGUAUUCUCCUGAUUGGCUACAGCUACAGAAUGCAAGUUAUGCAGAUAUCAUACAACAAAGGUCUGUUAAUCAAUUGCACUACUCCAUCCAUGUCGGGCACAGCUACUUCAAGGAGCAAUCAUCUGGUGCAAGCAUCGUGAACUGGACUCAUGCUUUUUUCUGGAGUGAAGUGCACUUCUUAGAAUGCGUGACUCAGUACUCCAACGAUCACUACUACACAACACCGUUUGUUUUGGUUGUUGUGACCAUAUUAUCGGUGAUUGCUGUCCCCAAGUUCUUUUUCGUACUAUGUAGGUUCUUGUUGGCACCCCUGGCUGUAUGGAUAUUCCUAGCCUACAAGUACUGGAAAACAAGGAUCAUAAUUGAUGCAGUUGAGAAGUUCCUCAGGAUUCAACAAAUGAUUGGCCCUACGAGGUAUGCCUACACAGACAUCGUUGCAAUCUCAAGCCAUUUCAGAGACAAAUUGGGCCAAGGGGGCUACGGCACUGUGUACAAGGGCAUGCUACUCCCAGGCGGUGUCCAUGUCGCCGUCAAGAUGCUAGAGGGCAACUCAAAUUGCAAUGGAGAAGAUUUCAUCAGCGAGGUCUCCACCAUCGGCAGGAUCCACCACGUCAACGUUGUGCGUUUGAUGGGGUUCUGCUCGGAGGAAAUGCAAAGGGCCUUAGUCUACGAGUACAUGCCCAAUGGUUCUCUGGACAAGUACAUCUUCUCUACUGAGAAGAGCUUCUCAUGGGACAAGCUCAACGAGAUCGCUCUGGGCAUUGCCAGGGGGAUCAACUACUUACACCAGGGGUGCGACAUGCAGAUUCUACACUUUGACAUUAAGCCGCACAACAUCCUUCUCGACAACAAUUUCGUCCCAAAGGUCGCAGAUUUCGGGCUUGCCAAGCUGUACCCGAGGGGCGACAGUUUCGUUCCUUUGAGCGCCAUGCGGGGAACCGUCGGCUACAUAGCCCCCGAGAUGAUAUCCCGGAGCUUCGGCGUCAUAUCCAGCAAGUCCGACGUGUACAGCUUCGGGAUGCUGUUGCUGGAGAUGGCCGGCGGGAGAAGGAACGCUGAUCCAAACAUGGGGUCCUCAAGCCAGGCGUACUAUCCGUCAUGGGUGUACGACCAGCUGACCCAGGAAGAAGCGGGCGAGAUAUCUCCAGUUGCUGCCGACAUGCACGAGCUGGAGAAGAAGCUGUGUGUUGUCGGAUUAUGGUGUAUUCAGAUGAGGUCUCGUGAUCGGCCAACGAUGAGCGAGGUCAUUGAGAUCCUGGAGGCUGGGGUUGAUGGCCUGCAGAUGCCUUCGAGGCCGUUUUUCUGUGACGAAGGACACAUCCAUGUGGAGGACUCUUACCAUUUCACUUCCGAGCUGACGGCGGUCUCGGAGGAGGAAUUGAGUGUGGUGUCAGAGGAAAACGAUGUGUGAGGUAUAGAUACAAUAUGUGGUAUUA